GCUUUUUGAUGUCAAACGAGUUGAACAGGUUUAAUCUUUAGCUCAUAGAGUCCUCUGAGUUUACUAAAAUGGCGCUUAGAAUGAAAAUAUUUUGGUUGAAUUUCGUCUUUGUGCUGUACUGCGGUUGGGCGGCAGCAGAGAAAGUUAUGCGCCCCAGUUUUAAGGACGUCAAAGUUUGGAGUGAUGAGAAGUAUGUGACGCAUAAACUAGCCUUCGACCCAAAGGAUCCACAUCUUAACUUUACGCUUAAUGUUUUGAAGGAACUCCACGAUGUUGAUCUUCAUACCCAGAUUCGCAUUGUUCAGAAAAAGGAUCCCACAUAUUUCUUCACCACAAAUUCGACAAUGAAUUUCUGUCGCAUAAUUAGUUGGCGUAAUGCAUCUCCGAUCGGUGCACUUAUACAUACAUAUAUGAAGGAAUACGGAAAUUUGAUUGAAAAGUGUCCGAUAGUGAAGGGUGAAUAUUUCAUACAUAGAUUCUGGUAUCCCGAGGAUGUGACCUUCGCCACCUUGCCCGAAGUCGAUUUCGAAAUUAAUUUCUCCGCUUAUCACGUGGACGCCAGCAUGAAUCGUGAAAUGAUCAUCAACGAUCACAUCACCGGCGAAGGCACCGUGCACGAUGUGAACAAUGUGAAGCCGGGUCUCUUGGCGCUGUUGCCGAAAGUGGGUUAAAAGCGAAGUUGGAUAAAUGAAAGAAGCAAAAAUUUUGGGCAAUAUACAUAUGUACAUAUAAGUACUUGGGUGUAGGCUAGGCUAUAAAGUAGAAGCAGUAUUUUUAUGACUGCCAGUGGCAGAUCAUAAAGUUGAAAGUGCUUGUAUAAUUGCUGUGGUAAUUUGGUCUUUAGCAUUAAAUCGUAAAAUAAAAAAUAAUAAUAAAAAUAAUAAUAAUCAAGUAUGUGGCAACACCAUAAAAAUGCACAUAAAAGUUAAAGAACAAAAAUAUUUCAAUGGAAUUUUGAGUUUUUCAUAAAUAAAUUAAAUUUGUGAUUACUAUGCAAGGGAAAGACGGGCUUAUA